ACUCUUGGGCUUGGGUUCUGUUCUAUUCUGCGAGUCACUCAGCACAGCACAGCAGAGUCACAACUGUCAUGGAGCAACGAGUAGCACCUUGUCACUCCCCCAUCCACCACACAACCAGUACGGACUAAAUUAUUCAUUCCGCCCUUAUUGUCAAAGACCAAGUGCGAUGUUCACUCCGUUCCCGGAGCAUUCUAGUCUACGUGUCGCAUUUAUAGGCGAGGCGACCCCUGCGAAUGUCGUCGGUCUGGCUUGUCCCAGCCGUCGCGACGCCGCACUCCGCUCCUCCACGCAGGAUCAGUAUCGAAGCGCAUGUUCGUAUUAGCUUCGCUCACCGUGUCCUCAAGCCCUGAACCAAUUCCGCAUCCGCUUCCUCGCAGACCUUUCGAUUCCUUCUCCAGCGCGUGCUGCCGGUUCUCUGACUACAGCUUUGCUUGUGCUAACCCUCUCCUGGUGCCUUUCUUGUCGGAAUGCACGCAUCAGCAACAUACUGUCCCGUCGCCAUUGUCGGAUUUAGUUCAAUAGUAGUCGACGCAGCCGAGGCAUCUACUCGCUCCUCCUGCUCCUCGUUCUCUAAACCCUCCUCGAGAUUCCCGCUGAAUCGUAGCAGAAAUUCGCCUCAAUUCUCCUCCGGGCGCCGUCGACACAGUCCACUGCGAUCCAGUCACCGCAUCCUCACUGCCACCACCUCCCUCGUUACAAUCACCCGCCAUCAUGGCCGCGCCAUCAGAGCUCAAGAUUCUAGUGGCCGAAGACAACACAGUGAACGUGAUGGUGCUGAUGUCGAUGCUGAAGCGCAUGGGGCUCAAGGCGACGGUGGCGAAGAACGGAGUGGAGGCCGUGGAGGCCGUGCACAACACCAAGUUCGAUAUAAUCCUCUCCGAUAUAUGCAUGCCGCUCAUGGACGGGCUCACCGCCACGCAGCUCAUUCGCCAGUACGAGCGCACGGGGAAAUUCCCCGCGGAGGAAAUCGCUAAGGCUAAAGUGUCUGGCGCGCCUGCGGGGGAUGAGAAAGCUGGGCUCGCGGAGUGGACAGGGGCGGAGGGAGGCGAAGGCGGGGGGGAUGGGGAAGGCGGGGAUUUCCGCCCGCGCACGCCGGUUGUAGCUGUGAGCGCGAAUGCGCUGCAGGCGGAUCAAGACCGGUGCAAGGCGGCGGGGAUGGAUGCGUUUCUAGCGAAACCGGUGAAUUUCCAAAAGCUGAAGGACACGAUGGGGCAAUUCGUGGACCUCAGUAAUAUCGCUCCUCCGCCCCCUGCCCGACCCCCUCCCAAACCAGUCGUGGAGUCGAGUAGUGAGGAGGAGGAGGAAGAGGAGGAAGAGGAAGAGGAGGACGAGAGGGGGAGGGAGAAAAGGAAGGGAGAGGAAGAGGAGGAGGAGGAGGAGGAGGAGGAUGAGGAAGAAGAGGGGUCGGUACGAGGAGGAGCGGGGAAGGCGGGGCAGGAAAACGGCAGAACAGGAUUUGCGAGAGGAGUGGCGGAUGGAAAGAAGGAAGAGAGCACAGACGCAAGUAAAGCGAAAGAGGCUCAGGAGGAGGAAGAGGAAGAGGAAGAGGAAGAGGAAGAGGAAGAGGAAGAUGGGAAGGCGGAGCGGAAGCAUGAGAUGGCAGAGGCUGCUAGGUCUGGAGCAGCAGCCAUGGCGAACGGACUGGCGGCACGGAAUGACGAGGAGGACGAAGAGGAGGGGGACGAGGAGGGGGACGAGGAGGGGGACGAGGAGGGGGACGAGGAGGGGGACGAGGCAAGGGACGUGGAAAGAGAGUCGGAAGGAUCUGAAGGCAGUGAGGGUGAGGAGAGGGAGGAGAGGAAAAGGCAGGGAGGGAGAGAUGAGCGAGAGGAGGAGGAGGAGGAAGACGAGGAGGACGAGGAGGAGGCAGAGCCGCCAAGGCGGCAACCUGUUGCUGCCACGUCGUCCACUUCUUCCGGGUCGUCUGUUGCCAACGCCAUUGCUGCUGCCAGGGCGGCCGCUGCAGCCAGAGCUGCCGCAGUAGCAAAGGCAGCAGCGGCGGCAGAGGCAGCGGCAGAAAGGGAUGAGGCAAGGCAAAGCAGCAAGGCAGCAGAGCAGUUUGCCAGCAGCAGCAGCACCGGCAGCCGAGCAAGCUCGGGGCAGGCAGCUGUUGGGAGCGCGGCGAGCGGCAGGAGCAGCAGCAUGAGCAGCACGGGGAGGACCAGCAGUGUGCGCGCUGUAGACGCCGCCGAACUGCUCUCCACUGCCACCUCGGCUGCGCCUGCUGCUGCCACCGCUGCUGCACCUGAAGCGUCAGCUGCUGCAGUGCCUCCCAUCAAACGGUCCUCCAGUAGAAACUCCCUGGUUUCUUCCAAAGCCAAUGGGGACGUGACAGGUGGCAGGGUGACUUCCCCAGCGCUCCCUCCUGGAGUGGUGGAUGUGAGGGAGCUGAUGCGGACCGAGGAGAGGGAGAGGGAGAGAGAGAGGGCGCUGGAGAAGGAGCAGAGCAGCAAGCCCAGUCGCAUGCUCAGAUCCAAGUCGAGAGAUGGGCUGGCGGUUGCCACAGAGAUAGUGGACACUGAGGCUGGGGAUAGCGAGUCGGAGCCUGGCCCCAUGUCACGCUCUCGCUCUCAGCCCCAAAGGCGCUCGUCGUCCCAUCUCUCCUCGGCUGCAUCAGUCGCCUCAGGCCUGGAAACGGACUCCCCUAGUGCCUCCCCUUCCCGCCGCCACCACCACCGCCACCAGCACGACCACCUGUCGACCUCAUCUCGCUCGCCCUCCCCCCACGGCUCGCGCCACCAUCACCACCACCAGCAGCACCGGCACCGUUUGUCAGUCACGGGUGACGAUGACGGGCUCUCCGCUGUGACUCGCAGCCACAGCAGCAACAGCAGCAGCAGGCGGCGCUCGUCCCUGUCCCGGCGAAGCAGCAUUCAGGCGGAUUCUCUAGCACCAGACCCCAAUGCUCUAGCUGCGGCUGCUAUGGCUGCGGCAGCGGCAGCUGCUGCGGCGCACGAGCCGUCCUCGCGCUCGGGGCCGCAUUCAGAGCAGUUUUCGGUGGCAGGGCGGCUUAUCGGGGAGAAGGAGAGCAGUGGGCGUAGCAGCAGCGGCAGCAGGAGCAGGUCCGGGAGGAGGAACAGCACCGAGGCCACGGUCGACCCCGCUCUCGCUGCUGCUGCCGCGGCUGCUGCUGCUGCGGCUGCUGCGGCCGUUGCUGCGAAUCCUGGGAAAAGCAGCAGCAGCAGCAGCAGGAGGAAGAGCACGAGUAGUUGUGGAAGGGCAGGGCACGAGGGGGCAGACAGUGGGCUGUAUAGGGAUCUGGUUGGGACUUCGAUGGGAGGAACUGUGGCAGGGUCACGCAGAGGAGGGUUGGUGGAUGAUGGGAUGUAUGGGGGAGAUGGCAUGGCGAGUAAUGGUUACAAUCCAGGCCCCUGGGGUCAGGACGCCCAUCAUGCUCAGCUGCAGCACCACCAGCAGCAGCUCCAGCAGCAGCAACAGUUGCAACAGCAGCAGCAGCUACUGAUCCAACAGCAGCAGCAGCUGCAGCAGUUGCUACUGCAGCAGCAACUGCAGCAGGAGCAGCAACAACUGUUUGAACAGCAGCAGCAGCAGCACCACCACCAUCACCGGCGCAGCAGCCUUUUCCCCGACCUAGCGCAGGAAGAGAAGCGGCUACAGUCAGGGGGCGGCAGCGGCAAUCUGCUGUCCAUGGGCGUUGGCAGCAAGUCCAUGAGCGCUGUCUCGCGCCGCAGCACGCUCGCCUCUGUCUCUGCUGCCGCCAGUGCCAUCCCGCAACACUUCUCUCCCUCCGACGACCCUUACUGCGGCAGCACUGGCAGGGACGGCUCCCCUAUGAGCAGCAGACACGUGCUGCAGCAAGCGCAGGGGGCGCAAUCAGGGCACCUGGGCAGGCCAGUGGCGCGGGUGCUAGGGCAGCAGGAGCACGGGGGUGGUGGGAGUCCGGAUAAGAGCGGCAUGUGGGCGCAGAGGGAGGCGCUGGUGGCGGCGCAGAUGGAGCUGCAGCAGCGCGCGCAGCAGCGCAGGUCCAGAGCUGCUGCUCCCUCCAUCAUCUUCCCGGAUCUUGACCCCUUCACCUCCCACUGCAAGAAUCCGUACCAGUAGAGGGGAGGGAAGGGAAUGAUGAUGGGGGGGGGGGAGGGGGAAGGAGUCUUGAGGGAGGGAUUAUAGCAGCCUCAGGUCCCAUUCAUUCCCCUGCGAUCUCCCUUUCUCCCCUCUCGACGUCCCUCCGUUUCUAUUCGUUCCUCUUUCAGCUCGACGGUCAACCCCUUUCCAACCAACCCCCUUCAUUCGUCCUAUGAUGAGCUUUGCAUCCGCCUUACCCCUUCAAGGACUGUACCUUAACACACUUGUAUUGCUGGUCCCCUGCUCUCCCUACUCCCGUUUGGUCACCCUUGUUGAUUAUGCAUUUUUUUGCAUUUCUCAAGAAUGCACGAUGUGCAGUGCAGUCGCAUCACUUCUAGAACUGCCGUUUGCUUUGCUAGGGGAGAUUCUGCUCGUUGGGAGUUCGGAUACAGUUGUAUUGUACCUAGACAUUUCAAUACAAUGUGGUGGAUUAU